GGCAGCAGAACCACUGAGCUAAAUCCCUGGCCCUCCACAUCUGUAAAAUGAACGGCAAAACUCUAUUUCUUGCAAGGAAAAGCUUACCAACAUUGGAAAACCCAAAACUGCACAUGAAACAUUAAUUAGGCACCCUGUCCUGAGGAGAGUUGAAUGAGAGCUGUUGUGACGGCCUUCCUGUUGUGCCCAGAGGAACCCUCAGGCCAGGCCAGCUCUGGGAAUUAGGCUGAGCCACACAAUCCGCGUUUUCACAAUUGCUGGAGUUUUGAAGCCAUCAGGUUCAGGGCCCACUAGCAAUUGGUGGAAGGGGUAUGGGGAAGGCAUUGCGUCCAAGUGCUCCACACUCCCUUGUUUAGUUCUGCUUUGGUGGGCCUGGACUCAGCUGGUGCAUUUUCAUUUUGGACCUACUAUGUGCCAGGCAUACAACUUUCACAGCUCCCUUUCAGAAAGCUCCCGGCCCUUCAACUACCCAGUGGCUGACUAGCAGCAUUGUCCCAAGCCCAGCACCUUCUCCUGAGUCUGUGGCCUCAGCGCUCCCACUAGGAGCCACCUUUGUGCAGUACACAAUCUGUACAACUUUUCACAGCAGCCACAAGCACUACAAGUGGGAGGUAGUGGGAAAGAGUCCAAUUAAUUCUUGCUGGAGACAGAAGUAGAGACAGAAAAACCAGCGAGGAGGUGAACAGUAAGCAGGAUCAAACCUGCUAGGCCCUGUGGUAUCCACCUGUAAUCCCAGCUAAUCCUGAAGUGGUAGGAUCACAAUUUCAAGGCAAAACCUAUGCUGAGAGCAGGUGGGGGUGGGCUGGGAGGGGGGCCGGCCCCAUCAUACCUCCCCUCUACACUGCACUGGCCACGCAGGACUCGCUCCUCUGCCCACCCAACAUGGACUGGGAGCUGCUGUCUCACAGGAGUGGGGUCUCCAUCAUCUUCCAUAGCCCAGUGUUGGUAACAGUCACUAAUGACAGUUCAGGGCAUUAAAUAUUUACCACCACACCCUGCACUAAAAGCUCCCUACACAUUAUCUCCACCCACACUCUGGACCCAGUGCUAUUAUCAACACUGCUUUACAGAUGGCGGCCCCGUGGUUUGGAGAGGUUAAAUUGUGUGCCUCAGGUCACACAGCAGUUCAGUGAGGGGACCAGAAUCAGAACUCAGGUGUCUGACCACUGAGUCCCGAUGGACAAACUCUAGCUAACUUGCCUAGGCUAGGCUGGAACUUGGGAUCCUCCUACCUCAGCCUCCCACGGUGCUGGGGUGACAGUCAUGCACCACCCUGCCCAGGCUGGAGCCUCACUUCUUUGGGGGGACUUGCUGAAGGGGGAAAUGCUGAGGAAGAGGGGCUCAGUGACUGGAAGGGGAGACAAGUGAUGGGGUGGCGGGCUGAAUUCUGGGGAGAGGCCUUGGGCCUGAGGAGGCGCCAAGGGUUACAGCCCCACGCUGCCCUUCGUGCACCUGCAGAGGGAGGCAGCCAGGGAGCUCAGCCCAAGGCCAGGCGGGGGUUGCAUCAGAGGGCUAAGCCCCGGAUCAAAUGUUGGGGGUGGCAGGGGGCUGGUUCCUCCUCCCCAGCUGCUCCUGCUGUCAUUGGCCUUUCCAGACAGGGAGGGGCGUUACAGGAAAAACCAGGUCGGAUAAACUGAGAGAAGGAAGAACAAAGCUGGAAAGACCAGAGAACAGGGGCGCGUCCCCCACAAACACUCCAGCAGCCAAGAGGCGACGGAGCCUGUGGCCAGCAGCAUCCUCAGGCGGAGAGGGCUCCCGGAGGGUCCCCGAUUCAGUUGCACCCACCAUGCUGCCCUGCCUGGCCACGCUUCUCCUAGCAGGGCUGUACGUGUGCGCCUCGGCAGGCCACGGCGGAGAGAAACUGGCACUCGGCACUGAAGAGAGGCCCUGGGUGACCGUGGCCCUGGAGGAGGUCCCCGUGCCCAGCAUUCAGCUCCAGCUGCAGGAGGCCAGGCGGUUCUUUGGGCUGAUGGGGAAGCGAGUGGGAGGUGUACCUCGCAUCCAGCCAGAGCCAGCAGGGCAUCAACGGGGACGAGCGGUCCAAGGCCUCCUGGGCAGGGGAGGAAUCUCCACAGAAGAGCCCUCCCCAGGCACAGAGGAUGAGGACCCACGUUCAGAGUGACAGGCCCCACAGGAUGCUUCCCUGAGGAUGCCUGCCCCUCUUCUCUUCCGGGUGUCACAGUGGACCAGGCAGCAGGCUGACUCUACCCUCUGUCUUCUAUCCUUGACCCUGGCAUUUCAAGCCAGGCCCACAGUGAACUCAGUGAGUUUCUUCUAGGACUCACUCUCACUGUCGAGCAGUGGCGGUGUACGGAUGUGCUGUGUCACCCUCAAGGGCUGGAGGGACCCCGCCCUCUUCCAUGGCAGCAUUAUGGGGACCAGCUCAAACUCUGUACCCCACACCUGGCACACAGUCGGGGCCCAAUAAAUGAAUGGCCAGUGAGUGGCUUCCUGUGUGAUGCGGGCAGAGGGCAGGAGGCCGGCAGGCCAGGAGGGCUUUUCCAGAACUGCAAAGACUACACAGCCCAGGGACUGUUCUCAGGUGGGGAGAAAAGCUUGGGACACAGGCGGAGUUGGGAAGCAUGGGGCAGAGCGGAAGCCCCAAAGCCCAGCCUGAAAGAAGACAGUGUUCCCCGCUCAUGUCUCCUGUGGAGGGGAACUGGGUCCCAGGUCUUUCGCCAGCUCUCCUGUGCAAGGUGACCCCGCAACUCCUGCUUGGCUUUCAGGUGUGGCCCCCUGCAAAGGGCUUCUGAGGAAUAGAACAACUCCCACCUCCCAUCAGCCUCUGGGGGACAGGCCCUUGUCCCUGUGCUGGUUUAGAGGCAGGGAGGACACAAAGGACUCCAGGAUGCUUGGAAAGGCCACAGCCCAAAAUGAAGCCCUAGGGGAAACCUAUGAGAGGGGCUGGACCUCAGCUGAGCCGGAUGUGGGGUUCAGCAGUAAACAAGAUGUAUUUAUUCACUAGACUACAAAAUGCGUAGCUUCUCUGUGCCCCCCUCUCCAAUGAGAAAAUGGGUUAGUUUUUCUGGGCAUGUAAUUUUUUUUUUUAACUUCCUGUUACUGGGGAUUGAACCCAAGGCCCUUGCCUCAAACUGAGCUACAUUCCCAUCUCUUGUUUUGGGAGACAGGGUCUCCCUAAAUUGCUACACUGCUAAAUUUCUUAUGCUGUGCUACCAUACUUGGCCUAGGCAUUUGAUUGUGCUAAGGCACAGGGAAUGGAGGUCAUGGUAGGAUGUGUUUUAAAAGGAAAAGAAAGCCAGGAGUGGUGGCAC